AUCCAGGCAGAGGGGCCCAAAGGUGGAGGUGUGGAGAAGCCGGAAGUUUUCAGGGGAUGGAGAACAGUGCUUUGUGUGGAAUGUGGAAUGCAGAGGCCGUUGGAGCUUGAGGAUGAAGAGGCAGAGACCCAGUCUCCCUUCCCCCACCCCUCUGGAUUCUGAGUCUAAGAAGCCCCUGGAGCUGGCUGUGAGUCACUUAGCAGCAGCCUCCCUGGCAUGGGGGUGAAGCGGAGCCUUCAGAGCGGGGGCACCUUGCUGGGCUUCUUGGCCCAAAUCCUCACGAUUCUCUCCGCUGCCACCAACUACUGGAUCCGCUACCCUGGAGGCCACAGUGGCCUGUGGCAGGAGUGUAAUGGCGGCAUCUGCUCCAACAUCCCCUGCCAGACCAUGCUGGCGGUGACGGGGGCGUGCAUGGUGCUGGCGGCGAGCUCCGCCGUCGUGGGUUUGGUGAUGGGGCUGCGGAUUCUGUGCCACGAGGGCGACUCACGGGGCCAGACUACGAGCGCCACCUUCUUCCUCUGCGGCCUGCUGCUGCUGAUCGCCUUGACAGGCUACACCGUGAAGAACGCGUGGAAAAACGACGUCUUCUUCUCGUGGUCCUAUUUUUCGGGGUGGCUGGCUUUACCCUUCUCUAUUCUCGCGGGCUUCUGCUUUCUGCUGGCGGAUAUGAUCGUGCAGAGCACGGAUGCCAUCAGCGGAUUCCCCGUGUGCUUGUGACCGCAGCCUGCCUGGGGCAGAAUAAAGGAACGGUUUUCACCGCU